GGGGAUUUGCCGUGUUGUAUUUAUACUUGUCAAUUCAUUUUCAAUCAUUUAGUUACGAUUCACUAAGCAGAUUGUACAGGUGGUUGGCAGAGUUGGGAUGAAUGGGAAGUGUGUGUUCUUCAUCACUGGAGCCUGUGGGAGCUAUGAAUAAUAUCUGGGAUGCUGCAGAGGGAUCGUUGGACAGCUGCUCAGAGGAGGACUAUGACUGUCCCAUAUGUCAGGAUGUUCUGAAAACCCCCAUCAGGACCAGGAACUGCAGACAUGUGUUCUGUAAAAACUGCUUCCGCCUGGCUGUGAGGGCCCAGGGGCCACACUGUCCCCUGUGCAGGGGCCCCGUAUCGGAGACUGAAAAGAGAGCAAUAGAUGUCCAGCAGCAGAUGAGGGAGAGGAAAGGACAGUGCAGGGCCUGUGGUACUACGAAGUUUCUCAGCAAGAUGAGGGUUCACUACAAAAGCUGCAGGAAGUACCUUGAGGAGUAUGGCACCCCUCUUGAUGCACCACCCCCACCAAUUACACCAACGACUCAGGAAGUCAGCCGUGUAUCUGUGGAUACGAUCCACAUGACUGGGCAAGUAUACAGAAACUGA